GGGGCCAACGGUAGCAACGGCAUCACUGGAUGGCUCAGUGCGCAUAUUUGAUAUCAACUCGCUGCAGCUGCGCUCCACAUGCACGCACCAGGAUGGGGUGGUGCAGAUGGCGUGGGCGCCCGCAGCACCACUGCUCGUGACGGCGACGGCAGACGGAGCAGUGCACGUGUGGGAUGCGCGCACGGGGGCCAUUCAGAAGACCCUGCGAGGCAACCGCAAUGCCGUGGUCUCCCUGGCCCUCACCCCGGACGCGGCCUUUGCGGUGACGGGGUCGGACGACCACACGGCUCGUGUCUUCCAGCUCUAG